AUGAUUUACAGUUCAAUAUCGAACGCGUUGGGUAUAGAAUGGGCUCCACUCAAUGUACCAACGUCAAGACGCCUCGAAACAUUAGCUGCAGCAGCUUGGAUUUGUCUCGUAUUAUUCGGUGAAGCAGCAUGUAUUUUAUUAUUCAUACAGCUUGUUUAUUCAUCAUAUUGGUAUAUAGCACUUUUGUAUGGAAUCUGGAUGUUGAAUGACCUUGAAAUAUGCAACAAGGGAGGUAGAACAAUAGAAUGGUUCAGGAGUUGGUCAUGGUGGGUUUAUUAUCGAAACUAUUUUCCCAUUAAACUCGUCAAAACCACAGACUUGGAUCCUUCGAGAAACUAUCUAUUUGCCUGCUUCCCACAUGGCGUUGUUUGUUCUGGAGCUUUCGGUGCCUUUGCCACUAAUGCUCUGGAAUUCUAUAAAGUAUUUGCUGGAAUGACUUGCAACAUGAUUACACUGGGCGGACAUUUUCGUGUACCGUUCUUUAGAGAUUUAGUGCUGGCGCUAGGUUGCUGUGCAUCAUCACAAGAAAGUCUACUACAUCUUUUGGAUAAAAAGAACUAUAAAGGGAAAUGUGUUGCUUUGAUUGUUGGCGGUGCUGCGGAGGCGUUGGAUUCGCACCCGGGCGAAUAUAAAGUCAUUCUGAGUAGGAGGAAGGGUUUUAUUAGAAUUGCUAUGAAAUCAGGCGCUCCUUUAGUUCCAGUGUUUUCAUUUGGUGAAACAGACGUAUUCAGACCACUGGAUAACCCGCAAGAUAGUCUUCUACGGAAAUUCCAAGAGAAAGUGCGACAACUUACUGGAAUAUCACCCAUGUUCCCGAUCGGACGCGGCGUUUUCCAAUACUCAUUUGGAGUACUUCCAUUACGAUCACCCAUUACUACAGUUGUUGGUAAACCAAUGGAAAUAGUAAAAAACCCGGAUCCAACUAACGAAGAAGUUGAUGAAAUCCACAAGGAAUUUAUAAGAAGACUGAUUGAACUUUUUGAAACUGAAAAAUCGAAAUAUUUAAAGAACCAUGAAAAAGUUAAUCUAGUCAUAACUUAA